AAUUUUCUGCGAACCUUUCAAGAAAUCCAUCAUCUUUUACACAAAUUCGCAUUCAAGAUAAGCAUAUAUAUUCAUUAAGAGAUAAGUAGAGUAAUAUAUAUACUUUCAGCAGUCUUGAGAGAGAGUGAUAUGGGAGACGCAGUGUUAGUGAGCAUGAGCCCUGAAAUUUGGAGGAACAAGGCAGAUAUUCCAGCAAUCUCUGCUCCUCCAUCUCAACUCCAUUGCCCUUCAAUGACAAGAUCACCACUAUUGGAUAUAGCUCCAAAAACCCCCAAAAGCCCAUUAGCUUCACGUCUAAUGACUCCCAUAGCCAGCCCCACGAAGAAGGCAAUUGCUAACGUGCAAUGUUACUUGGAAGAAGUUGGCCACUUCACCAAGCUUGACCCCCAAGAAGCAUGGCUUCCUAUAACAGAGUCUAGGAGAGGUAACGCGUACCACUCAGCAUUUCACACUUUGAGCUCUGGAAUCGGAGUGCAAGCCCUUGUUCUUCCCCUAGCCUUCACCACCCUUGGCUGGACUUGGGGACUUGCAGUUCUAUCACUAAUUUUUAUGUGGCAGUUAUACACUUUAUGGUUGCUGAUUCAACUGCACGAAUCAGAAUCUGGGAUGCGCUAUAGCAGAUACCUGAGACUAUCAAUGGCAGCUUUUGGCGAGAAGCUAGGGAAAUUGCUUGCCCUCUUUCCAAUCAUGUACCUAUCAGGAGGGACGUGCGUGACCCUGAUUAUGAUCGGAGGUGGAACAAUGAAAGUACUUUACCAAAUUUUCUGCGGAGAAACUUGUAACAUGAAGCCAUUGACAACAGUAGAGUGGUACUUGUUAUUUACUUGCUCGGCCAUUAUUCUAGCUCAGCUUCCCAACUUGAAUUCCAUAGCAGUAGUUUCUUUAAUCGGCGCAAUCACAGCUGUUAGCUACUGUACCCUUAUAUGGGUAGUGUCCAUUAUUCAAGGUAGGCCGAUGAACAUCUCCUAUGAUCCUCCACAGGAAAAAUUCGAUAUGGCAAGUCUUUGUAGCAUCCUCAAUGCACUUGGGAUAAUAGCCUUUGCUUUCAGAGGUCACAAUCUUGUGCUUGAAAUACAGGGGACUAUGCCAUCAAAUGCGAAGCAACCAUCCCGUCUACCUAUGUGGAGAGGAGUAAAGUUCGCAUAUUUAAUUAUAGCAAUGUGUUUGUUUCCCCUUGCAAUUGGUGGCUAUUGGGCUUAUGGAAACCUGAUACCAGGAAAUGGAGGGAUGUUAAAUGCUCUAUACAAAUACCAUGGACACGACACAUCCAAGGUGAUACUUGGAUUAACAAGUAUGCUUGUCGUCACUAAUUGCCUCAGCUCGUUUCAGAUAUAUGCAAUGCCAGUAUUUGACAAUUUGGAGAUGAGAUACACCAGCAAAAUGAAUAAGCCGUGCCCAAGGUGGCUUCGCUGUGGGUUUAGGGUCUUCUUUGGCUGUUUGGCAUUCUUUAUAGCAGUGGCAUUUCCAUUCUUGCCUAGCUUGGCAGGAUUGAUUGGAGGGAUAGCUCUACCUGUUACCUUAGCAUAUCCAUGUUUUAUGUGGAUUAUCAUUAAGAAACCCUAUAAAUAUGGUGCAAUCUGGUGCUUGAACUGGAUAUUAGGGCUCUUUGGAAUGCUACUCAGCCUUCUGGUGUUCGCUGGAGCAAUAUGGACUAUUGUGACUAUGGGAAUAGAGAUUCACUUCUUUAAGCCGAGGUAAAUAGUAGCUGUACAAUUACCCUGCCCUUGAUCUGAAGCUGGUUAAAACUGACUAUUAAUGUUCUCUGUGUAAAACAAAACCAAUAAGAGAGGGCAAAGGAAUUCUAGUAGUUACUAAUAGCCCUUCUCUCACUUUCUUAAUUAAAUUAACGCAUCUAAAAUCCUUUGUUCUUGUCUU